AUGACUAAAUCAUUACCAAAAGUUGAAUGUAUAGCAAGAGCACGUAUCCCCACCACACAAGGUCCAGACAUUUUUCUCCAUUUAUAUACAAAUGAUCAAGAUAACAAGGAACAUCUAGCCAUAGUAUUCGGUGAAGAUAUAAGAUCUCGUUCACUUUUCCGUCAAAGACCCAACGAAACACAACAAGAUCGUAUGAUUAGAGGUGCUUACGUGGGGAAAUUACAUCCUGGUAGAACCAUUGCUGAUAAAGAUGAUAGAUUAGGUUUACAAUUACAUUUCGAUACUAAUGGUGAAUUAUUACCUGAUUAUAAUUUCACUACUUGGGAUUCAGCUAAAAAUUCUACAUUGGUAAGGAUUCAUAGUGAAUGUUAUACUGGUGAAAAUGCAUGGAGUGCAAGAUGUGAUUGUGGUGAACAAUUCGAUAGAGCGGGUAAAUUGAUUUCAUUGGAUGUGGAACCAGAAACUGGUAUUAAAGGUGGGAAUGGUCAUGGUGUUAUAGUUUAUUUAAGACAAGAAGGUCGUGGGAUUGGACUAGGUGAAAAAUUGAAAGCUUAUAAUUUACAAGAUUUAGGGGCUGAUACAGUACAAGCUAAUUUAUUAUUGAAACAUCCUGUUGAUUCAAGAGAUUUUUCAUUGGGGAAAUCUAUAUUGAUUGAUUUGGGUAUUGAGAACGUUAGAUUGUUGACUAAUAAUCCUGAUAAGAUUAAUCAAAUUGAUUAUCCACCAAUUUUGAAGUGUGUAGAAAGAGUUCCAAUGGUACCAAUCCAUUGGACUGAUGCUAAUAAAGGUAUCGAUUCUAAAGAAAUUGAAGGUUAUCUAAGGACAAAAAUUGAAAGAAUGGGUCAUCUUCUAACGGAACCUUUAACUUUACACUCUAGUGAACAACAACAACAUAUAACGAAACAAGAACAACAUUCAUGCUCAACACAUAAUACCGCUAAUACUGAAACAGAUUCAACUAUAGUAACCUCCACAACAAAGAGAGAUAACGCUAAGAUAAUAAACGCUUAA